AUGGUGGCGCCGAACAGUUGGACGCCGGUGCAGUUGGAGAUCACGCGCAAGUUGGUCUUGUGGCGAAGGCGCUUCGUCACAACGGGGCGAAAGGUGGACACGAACAGCGAGAAGGGCUACAUGGUUGUGACGAGCUAUCUCCAGUGUUUGGACGCCGCCUUCCAGGAGUUCGAGGUGAAGCCCGCUUCACGCCACUACCGCCAGUCCUUCGCCCCUAAGUACCAGAAGAUAUGGCAUGGGCAGUCCCGCUUGCUUAGAGUUGAGGUGCUUGAGGCGAGCAACCAGCAGAUGAUCUGGAUGAACGGGCGCUGGUUCGAGCUCAGCCCGACGGCCAUGAUCCUCGCGGGCCACAUGCGCCACGCGUGGGCGGAGCUCGGGCGACUGUUGAAGCGCCUGCACGAGGAGCAGCUCGCCGCACGGCCUUGGGACAUCAGCUUGAACGCGGAGCUGCGGGGCGCCUUGGAGAAACUCGACGCUGCCUGGGCGAAUUUCGAGCACGCGUACGUGAUAGAUUCCAUGGCCAUCGAGGAGCAGGCGCUAGAGCUGCUGGCGGUGGCAUGCGUCUGCGAGCGGGACCUGUCCGAUGUGUGCUAUUGCAGCGACGGCGACGACCCGCAGGGGGGCGGCGCGUAUUGUCAGGAGCAACUCGGCGAGCUCGUGAGGGUGCUCAUCUUGCUCAGCAACGCGGCCGGCGUUGAGAACGGGACGCGCGCUGCUGACUGGCGACUCGUCACGCGAGGCCUCCUGGAGGCCAGGUCCAUCCUGGAGUCCACCAGCCUGCAGAAUCAUCACCAGAGACUUGGCCCUGCUCACGCCCUCGCCACUCGGGCCAUCGACGCGUUCGAGGCCGUCCGGGAUCACCUGAGCAACCUCUGGCACUGCUGGGAGUUCGUGGACGGCCAGCUCGCGAACAACCCCGGCCUCGUCGACCGACUUGCCUACUUUGUGGAGAGUCUGACUGCCACGGCGCGGUACCUUGCCGACCCACGGCUCUUGUGCGCGCUAAAUGGCGCCGUCGCUUUCGUCCGCGCGGCGUGCGCCGCGGCGCCCGAGCUGGCGGUCAUGGGCGCAGAGCGCGACGCGGACGUCUUCCUGGUCCUGCCGAGGCUCGUGUGGCUCAGCUUCCUCUCGGCGCCAGACCUGAACGGCCCCCUGAUCGAGCAUGCGCUGCCCGAGCUCUCCUCCGAGCUCCGGGGCAGCGACCCCGACCUGCAGGCGCUCGUCGAGGCCCACGGGCAGACGGUCGGGGAGCUCGCCGCCGCCACCGGCGACGGGCACCCGGCGCCGAAGGGGGGCGGUCCAGAGGGCCACAGGCGUGCCAUCGACGCGCUGGUGCGGCGCGCAGUGGUCGGCAUCUGCCGAGAGCCCUCCGGCAGCGCACCGCUGGGCUGCGCGGCCAGCGCCGCGGCGGAGGCCUUCCAGCUCCGCCUCGAGGGGUGGAGCAUGCGCCUGCAGCGUCGGCAGCCAGAGGUCUGGAACGAGCUCGCCGCCGUUCUCAUCGACCACGUUGCUCGUGAGGUCGCUGGUGAGGAGCGUGGCAUCUCUGGCUGCGAGGAGCCGCGUGGCCUCGCAGCGGGAGCAUCCCAGACCGUUUGA